UUUCAAUUUCAGUUUUAACACAUGAUUAAAACAGUAGCAAUGUCUAACUUCCUCAGUUUUUUCAAGCUUUUAUAAAGGAGGGACAGAAAGGUGAAGGAUCAAGUGAGCAAGCAACGAGCAGCUGAGAACUCUUCUUGGACCGUAGUGCUGAAGAGCAGGAGACUUUUCCAGGUAGGCAGGUUGCCAUGGCAUCUGGACCCAAUAUGAUGGCCCCCAUUUGUCUGGUAGAAAACAACAAUAUGCAGCUGUCAGUGAACCAGAGAGCUACACAGAUUCUUGAACAGAUUUCUCAACCAGUAGUGGUGGUGGCCAUUGUAGGACUGUAUCGUACAGGCAAAUCCUACUUGAUGAAUCGUCUUGCAGGACAGAACAGAGGUUUCCCUCUGGGCUCUACAGUGCAGUCUAAAACCAAGGGCAUCUGGAUGUGGUGUGUGCCUCACCCCUCCAAGCCAAACCACACCCUGGUCCUUCUGGAUACUGAGGGCCUGGGUGAUGUGGAAAAGGGUGACCCUAAGAAUGAUUCCUGGAUCUUUGCCCUGGCUGUGCUUCUGUGCAGCACUUUUGUCUACAACAGCUUGGGCACCAUCAAUCACCAGGCCCUGGAGCAGCUGCAUUAUGUGACAGAGCUUACAGAACUAAUCAGGACAAAGUCCUCUCCAAAAGAGGAUGGAACAGAAGAUUCCACAGAGUUUGUGAGUUUCUUUCCAGACUUCAUCUGGACUGUGCGGGAUUUCACCCUGGAGCUGAAGUUAAAUGAUGAUCCUAUCACAGAAGAUGAGUACCUGGAGAAUGCCUUGAAGCUGAUUCCAGGCAAGAAUCCCAGAAUCCAAGCAUCCAAUCUACCCAGAGAGUGCAUCAGGCAUUUCUUUCCAAAACGGAAAUGUUUUGUCUUUGACCGGCCAACAAAUGACACAAAACUCCUAGCCAAUAUUGAGAAUAUACCUGAGAAUCAACUGGAUCCUAAAUUCCAGAAACAAGCAAACAAUUUUUGUUCUUACAUCUUCACCCGGGCAAGGACCAAGAUUCUCAGAGAGGGAGUCAUGAUCACCGGGAAUCGGUUGAGAACUCUGGUGGUGACCUAUGUGGAUACCAUCAAUACUGGGGCGGUGCCUUGUUUGGAGAAUGCAGUGACAACUCUAGCCCAGCUUGAGAACUCAGUGGCCGUGCAGAAGGCAGCCGACCACUACAGCGAACAGAUGGCCCAGCGAGUGAGGUUCCCCACAGACACGCUCCAGGAGCUGCUGGAUGUGCAUGCAGACUGUGAGAGGGAAGCCAUUAGGGUGUUCAUGGAGCGUUCCUUCAAGGAUGAAAAUCAGGAGUUCCAGAAGACUCUUGUGGAAAUCAUAAAGGAUAAGAAGCAACAUUUCUUGCAGCAGAAUGAAGAAGCAUCGGUUAAAUACUGCCAGUCUAUGCUUGAUCAGCUUUCAAAGGCCCUAAUGGAAAAUAUUUCCAUAGGAACUUUUUCUGUUCCUGGAGGGUACAAGCUCUACAGGCAAGCAAAGGAAAGUAUUGAAUGGAAUUAUUCACAAGUUCCCAGGAAAGGAGUGAAGGCAAAUGAGGUCCUCCAGAAUUUUCUACAAUCACAGGCUUCGAUAGAGAAAUCCAUCUGGCAGGCAGAUAAAGCCCUUACCGAUGGGGAGAAGGCCAUAGCAGCGGAGAGGGCCAGCAAGGAAGCAGCUGAGAAGGAACAGGAGGUGCUAAGACAGAAACUACUGGAGCAGGAACAGCAGAUUGAAGCACAACAGAGGAGUCUCCAGGAGAACAUAGCUCAACUGAAAGAGAAGAUGGAGAGAGAGACAGAAAACAUAAUAAAAGAACAGAACAUGAUGUUGGAGCAUAAGCUGAAGGUCCAAGAAGAUCUGCUCAAAGAAGGAUUUAGAAAGAAAUCUGAAGAGAUGGAUGAGGAGAUAAGGCAGUUGAAACAUAUGAUUGACACGACUAAAAAUAAUGAAGCUUCCUGGUUUACACAAGCCUUAGACAGAUUUGGCAGUGAGAUUAUUUCAAUAUUUGCUUCUCCUGUUAGAGUUCUUGAUACUGUUGUGAGAACAGUGAGCUCAAUUUUUAAAAAGAAUUAGCUCUCCUCUUAAAGAAAUUAAAGAAUGUGGCUAUAUACUCUGGCCUAUUUUUAGUGUGUAUGCUUUUCACUUUUAUUCAGCAAAGUUUCAAAUAUAAAAAGUACCCACGAGAGGAUGGUGAUGACUGGCCUGCAUUAGACAGAAUAAAUGCAUGUACAUUUUGAUAUAGCUAUAUCAUUGAGAAUUAAAGCAAUGGUCAUUGUUGAUGGAGAAUUUAAAGCAAUGAUAAUAAGGAUACUCACUGGACUUAGGAAAAGAAUGGAGGACACCAGAUUUAGGAUUUAUAGAUUUAGGAAAUCUACAUGUGCAAAAUCCACUGAGGCAUCAUCUUAAAUGGCAAAAGAUUGCUAAAUUAGAUUAAAUAUCUAUCUAUACAAAGUGGUAGUAUAAACUUAACAUGUGUAUACCCUGGGAUACUAGAUACUAUGUAGUCAAUAAAUAAAUUGAUAGUGGAGCUCUAUUUGUACAAACAUAGAAAAAUCUUGAAAAUAUAUUGUAAAGAAGUAAGGUAUGAGAGAAUGCAUAUAAUGUGUUCACCAUAAAAAAUGUAUUAUGUGUAGUCAUACCUAUGUACACAUAGAAUAGCUCUGGGAAAUUUUUUAGAAACCCGUGUCGUUCGUUCCUUCUAAGGAGAACUGAGUGGCAUCAGGGUGGAAGAGACAGAGGCUUUUCAUUAUAUACUCUAUUUUUUGACUUUUAUACAGAAAUCUUGAAUCGCCAUUUUAUAAUUUUUUUUAAGGUUUAUUCAUUUUUGAGAGACAGAGAGAGACGGAGCAUGAGCAGGGGAGGGGCAGAGAGAGAGAGAGGGAGACACAGAAUCUGAAGCAGGCUCCAGCCUCCCACCUGUCAGCACAGAGCCCAAUCUGGGGCUCAAACUCCUGAGCUGUGAGAUCAUGCCUCCCACCUGUCAGCACAGAGCCUGAUAUGGGGCUCAGCUUCAUGAGCUGUGAGAUCAUGACCUGAGCUGAAGUCAGACGGCUAACCAAUUAAAGCCACCCAGGCACCCCUUUUUUCUUCUAUUCCUCAUUUACAUGUUUUUUUAAAAAUAGUUUGGGUAUUUAAUCUUGUAAAAGGCUUUUUGUGCAUCAUUUGGACAAUCAUUUUGCUCCUUUGUUCUGUUUACAGGGGUAUAUUAUGAUAAUUUUUAAAAUUUUGAGCUAACGUGAUGUAAUCUACAUUAAUAGAAUAUUUCAUCAAAAACAGCAGAAUAAACAUUUUUCUCAAGCUCACACGCAACAUUCAUCACAGUAGACCACAUGAUGGGCCAUAAAGCACACCUUAACAAAUUUAAAGGAAUAGAAACAUUACCAUGUAUGUCUCAGAUCACAAUGGAAUUAGACUAGAAACCAAUAACAUAAAGAUAGCUGGAAAAUCCUAAAAUUCCUGGAUGUUAAACAACACAUUUCUAUAUCAUACACAGGUCAAACAAGUCUCAAAAGAAAUUUAAAAAUGUUCUAAACAAAAUGAAAACAAAGAGAGUGUGGGGAAGAUGGUGGUAGAGUAGGAGGACCUGGGGCUCGCCUUGUUCCAUGAAUUCUAGAUAACUAUCACAUCAUCCUAAAUAACCUGAAGUAGACCUGAAGACUGGCAGAAGAAAGUCUCAUACUAAAGGUAGAGAAGAGGUCACAGUGAAGAAGGUAGUAAGUAUGGAGAUGGAGCCUGGGAGAGAACUGGCUCAUGGCCACUGCGGUAAGGAGGGAGCUGCGAUCUUGGAGACAGGUAAGAGACAGACUAGCACACAGGGGAGUAAACAAGAAAACAAAUUCCCAAGGCAAUUGGCUUGGAAAGUAAGAGGGCCCAAAUUUUAUGAAUUAUUGCAAUGAGUAGGGGCUCAAAGCCUGGAGUUUUAAAUGUUGGCGUGCUUGACUCUGGGAGACCUUGGAGGACAUUGGGGCUACUCUUGGAGAAAAAGCAGGGCAAACAUCCCAUAAACAUAUAUUGUGAAAACAGUGAUCUGAAGAGAGCCUGGGACAUAUGGUGGGGAGGUUAGUUACUCAUCUCAGAGCAUAUCCCAGAGAGGCAGUAUUCACAAAGAUACCCCUCAGGGAACCAAAGAACUGGCAGGUGCCAUUUCUCUCCCCUGCCCCUCAGCACAGACACAGAGCCACCUGAGGGAACCAGCAUAGCACCAACACUCUUACCUAACUUGCUUACACCAAGUCCCGACCCCCCAUGCUCCAAAAAAGCUGUCCUUCCCAGCCAUGCUUGCUUCAGUCCCAGUGAGGCAGGCCCCCUUCCCCAGAAGACUGGCUGAAACCCAUGUCAACACCAUUUGGUCUCAGUGGCCAUGGUAAGUCUUGUUUCACAAGCAGACCAGAGCACACCUAGUUAAAUUGCAUCACAUUCAGGCCAGGGACUAAACACUACCCAUAAUAGGCAAAGAGAGCCUAUUUGGUCAGUCAGCCUACAGAUGACUGACCUGAAGGAUAAAUCAGCCAGAACACAACAGUAGAGUGCACGUAGCACACAUUAGAGACACUCCCAGACUGCCAGGCCCAGAGGAACAGGAGACACUACACUGUGGGGCACUACAGAACCUCUUCUUUAUAGAGCUAUCACCCUCAAGAAUAGGGGAUGUAGCUGAGUUUCCUACACAGAAACAGAUACAGAGAUUUAGGCAGAGGAAUUUGUCCCAGAUGAAAGAACAGGACAAGGCCACAACCAGAGAUCUAAGCAAAAUAGAUACAAGUAACAUGCCUGAUGGAGAAUUUAAAGCAAUGAUCAUAAGGACACUCACUGGGCUUGAGAAAAGAGGACACCAGCGAGACUACUAACACAGAGAUAAGGAAUAAUACAGCAGAGAUAACGGGUUUAAUAAACAAAAUGAGAAACACACUUCAUAGGAUGAACAGCAGCCUGGAAGAAGCAAAGGAUGAAUUGAUGACCUAGAGGACAGUAAUGCAAAGUAACCAAGCUGAACAAAGGAGAGAAAAGAGAAUUAUGCAAAAUGAGUACAGACUUAAGAAACUCAGUGAUUCCAUCCAAUGUAUUAAUGUUCGUAUUAUACAACUCCCAGAAGAAGAGAGAGAAAAGGGGGCAGAGAAUUUAUUUGAAUAAAUAAUAGCUGAAAACUUCCCUAAUCUGGAGAAGGGAACAUAUCCACACACGAGACAAAGAUAACCCCCAAUAAAAUCAACAAAAGCAAAUCCAUAGCAAAACAUAUCAUAAUUAAAAUGGCAAAAUACGGGGGAUAAAGAAAAAAUAUUAAAAUCAGCAAGACAAAAGAAGACAAUUACAUAAAAAGGAACGCCCUCCCCCUCCCCCAUAAGGCUAUCAGUGAAUUUUUCAGCAGAAACUUUCCAAGUCAGAAAGGAGUGGCAUGAUACAUACAAAGCGCUGAAUGGGAAAAACCUGCAGCCAAGAAUAUUCUAUCCAGCAAGGCUAUCAUUCGGAACAGAAGGAGAGAUAAAGCAUUUCCCAAACAAAAGCUAAAGGAGUAUAUGACUAUUAAAUCAACCCUGCAAGAAAUAUUAAAGGAGACUAUUUGAGUGGAGAGGAAAGACCAAAAGUGAUAGUAUGAAAGUAGGAAACACAAAAGCAGUAAAAAUGAAUAUUUCUAUAAAAAAUCAAAAAACUAAAAAUAAAAGAAUAUAAAAUAUGACACAAUAUACCUAAAACAUGGGGAGGAGAGGAGUAAAGAAUGGGUUGAAACUUAAACAACCAUCAACUUAAUAUAUACUGCUGUAUGUAGAUGUUAUACACAAACCUAAUGGUAACCACAAUUCUAACAAAAAUGCAAAGAAUAAAGAGACAUAAAUCCAAAUAUAUCACUAAAGAACACCAGUAAACCAUGGAAGAGGGAAAGACGAAAAAGGAUUAGAGAAAAUCUUCAGAAAACAAGUACAAAGCAAGUAAUAAAAUAGCAAUAAAUAUAUAUCAAUAAUUACUUCGAAUAUAAAUGCACUAACUGCUCCAAUAAAAAGACAUAGGGUGAAAGAAUGGAUAAAAAACAAGACUCAUCUAUAUGCUACCUACAAGAGAUUCCUUUUAGGUCUAAAAACACCUGCAGAUUGAAAGUGAAGAGAUGGAGAAACAUUUACCAUACAAAUGAAUGUGAAAAGAAAGCCAGGGUAGU